AUGUCUUCCCUUUCUAGUUGUUCUUCUUCGAACACGACAGAUGUCGCUCAAGACAUGAUUGCCUCAGAUGUGGAUUCUCUCAUCACUCAGGAUGAUAUCCCAGUCGAGACUCAAGCGAAAGACCAACCCAAAGUUCAGUUCCUUGUGGCAUUGAACAUCGUUGGCUCUGAUCGAUCCCCGCCUUGGAAGAGAAUCGUCCUGAACUUGAUCAAGGCGGGCUUCCUGGAUGUUGAUCAUGUCAAGGAAGUUUAUGCCGGGAUUGAUGAGUACUGUAGUGACUAUGAGAUUCUGCCUCCAGAACCCUAG